AUGUAUGAAAAUUCAUUAAAUUACGAGGGAAAUUCUCUUCAUAAUUCCAUCUAAUCUCAGAACUUUGACUCAACAUAUUUUCUACCUUGUAGUUAGAAUCAGUUCCAAGGCAGCUAUCAAGGCCUUAAUAAUCCCCAUCACCAGAUAAAAAAGAAAGAUAAAGCAAAUAAAGAUAGAGAUCGCUACAUAGGAACUAUUAAUUAAAGGCAAUAUUUUAACUCUCUCACUUUUAAUAUUCCUAAGCCAACUAUAAGCAAACAGAAGAAUUAAUCUAAAUCACAUAAGACCCCAAUUUAAAACUAACUUUUAUAUAAUUUAACUUAUACAAAUAACUAAAAUACGAAUCACAGAAGAUUCUAAUCUCCUCAAAACCCAAGAGGUACUCGCUCCCGCCCAUAGCAACUUCAAAUAACUUAAAACAAUUAGACUUCUUAAAACCCUGCUACUGCUCUAACUCCUUUGUAAAUUGAAUUCUCCACUGUACUAUCUCAAACUAAUCUUUCAGUUACUACAUCAUAGUAAUAGCAGAAUAACUUUUAAAGCGCCUAAUCAUACUCUUCAUCUAAUCUCUAAAGCUCAAAUCUAUAGAUAAGAACUGCCUAAAGAAUUUCUAAAUCUAAUUACUACUCUUGUACAAAUAUGGAUUAAGAAGACUUAUAUGAAGAGGACAGUAUAAUAGAGUCAAAGGAAUUGCAAGAGGAACUCUAAAAUGAACAAAACUAUUAGUACAUUUAACUUUUAAAAAAAUUUGAAGAAUCACCGCUGUCAAAAAACUCUCCAUUUUUCAACAGAGGAUGUGAAACAGCUGUAAAAAGAAAAAUACUUAAUUUUUCUACAAACGAAAUCAGCGAUGACAUGAAGAAGGUUUUCUCCAUGCACUCAUUAUCUAAUCUAAAUGAAUAAGGAAGUAAUUUUAUUUAUUCUACAAUUAAUGAAACUGCUGAAAUGGUGUAGCACGAAAGUAUUUGUGCGAAAACAAACAAUACUAGUAACUCUCGAGGCAAUCUUCAAAACUACAGCAUGAGCUAACCCCCUUAACUUAUAGGCACAAUUUAACUUGUAGAAAAUAUAAUUGAAGAUGACUUCUACUAGAAUAUUUUAGACUGGAAUAGAUAAAUGAGUAUUGCAGCAAUGGCUGAAAAAUAGAUUAUCCACUUGACAGAUUUCAAAACUUAGCAAAAAGACUCCCUUUUAUCAAAUUCAAUGCAAGUUUGCCAUAUUGACUAUCUCCCACUUUUCGAUAAGCUCCUAAAUUAACAAAUUGGCUGCAACAAUUGCAAUUAAACCUAAAGUUGGAGCAUCAAUUCUUCUACUCACUUUCUCUCAUCAUAAAAAAAGCGAAACUACAGGAACUCAUCUUCACGCUACGAUACUCUUUAAGUGCUCAGCUCAAACAGUUUGCAGACCCACUCACUUGCUCUUUAAUCAUUAAAUAAUCUCAACUGCAUCCAAAAUGAGGAAACCUAAUCGUAAAAUGAAGAAACAGAAAUAUCUGAAAUAAGCAACCAAAAUGAUUAUGAAGAAUGCAAGAGAAAUGAGACAUCUACAAAAAAUAGCGGUUUGAAGGAUCACGUUUUAGAAAAUAAUACAGAAACAGAAGUUGAUGGGUAAUCUAUUAACAUUUCAUGCUUUAAUUUAAAUACACCUUCACCAGAUAACUAAGAAAUAAAAUAGUAAUAAUCUUGCAAUUAACUAACCAAUCACAUAAAUAUUUAAUCUUUUUUCCCAAAUCCUAUUUCACCUAUUAUUCCAAAUGAUAAAAACUUUUAUUCUGUUUUAAAAUUUUCUCCUUCAGGCCAUAUUCUAGUUGCUGGAAGAAGCGACGGAGUCAUUGAAAUCUUUGAUGUUGAUAAAAAGCAAUCUAUUUUCGUAGCUAGAUGCCACUCAAACAUUGUUACUUCUAUUUCCAUUAAUAAGACUUUCGUAGCUACUGCUUCCAAAGACUCAAAAGUAGUUAUAUUUGAUAUUAAAGAUUUGCAUAAUAUUUCUUUGAGCGCAUUCUUAUCUUCUAGAAAUUGUUCAAGCAUCCUCUGCUUAGAGUGGAAUCCUUUAUCUGAAAAUACACUAGCCGCAUCAACCGAAUCCGGACAUAUUAAUCUUUACAAUAUUCUGAAAGAUAACAAGAAUGCUUACAAAGAAUUUCAACUUAAAUUAUCCAGCAUAAAGACUUUCUCUUGGCAUCCUUCCAAAAGAGGAAUUUUACUUGCAGGAUCAUUAGAUGGAUUUUUAUUCGUGAUUGACCUUGAAUAAAAGCUGAUAUAACAAAAAAAGAAAAUUCUUAAUCAUAUUUACAAAAUUAUAUUUUCACCCAAUUAAAGUGACAGGUUCGUUUGUCUAACAGGCCAUUAACCAGAAAUUAAUAAUAGUAAUAAUCAGAUCCGUAGCGCUAUUUCUCAAAGUAAUCUAAAUAAUCUUCAAUAAAAUUUAAGUAACCAAGAAAUCAUCAACGAUAACCUUGCAUCUCAGCAAGGCAGCAUGCUUGUCUUGAGUUACCCUCAAAUCAAUAAAAUACAUCAUGUCUCAGUAGGAGACAAGAGAGCUUGCUAAGGCAUUCUUUCUCAUGAUGGAUCUAACAUAUACACCUUAACGAAAGAAAACUUGCUUAAAUAAUGGAAGGUAUUCAAAGAGCCACAAUAAGAGAGCUCAAGUUAUUCAAUACUAAGUAGCGCUUAAGAGCUAAGGUGA